AUGUCUCAACACUCUAUCGAAUCCGGAUACACUUCCGAAGAAGAAACUUUCACUUUCAACAAAUCUGAAAUCAUCGCUGCCGAUGCUAAACGAUUUUCGAAAAGCUUCACCAUCGAAGAAGAAAUCAUCAAAUCCGCCAAUGGCAUCGUCUACUCCGGUUUCGACCUUUCCACUGGCGAAGCUGUCAUCAUCAAGCAAAUUCCAAAGACCUGCGUCUCCGAAUACAUCUCCAUGGACGGUCGUCAAGUUCCUUCCGAAAUCUACUUUCAGUUCAAAGCCGCCGAAGCUUCCGAAGCCGUCGUCCAGCCAAUCGACUUCUUCGAGCGAAAAUCGUCCUUCGUCCUCGUCAUGGAAAAGGUCGACAACGUCACUGACCUCUUCGACUUCGUCCGUCAACACGGUGCUCUUUCCGAAGAAGCGGCUCUCUUCAUCUUCAAACAAGUUCUCGAAGCCGUCGACGAAAUGAAAAGCGCAGGUAUCUCCCACCGUGAUAUCAAGGACGAGAACAUCCUCAUCGAUCCUGAAACUCUUCAAAUCUUCAUCAUCGAUUUCGGCUGCGCUUCCGUCAUCAGUGAUUCCUCCACUCCUCGAGGAACUCCCGACUACUGGGCACCAGAAAUCUUCACUAAUGGUGUUUCUUCAACCGAAUCAGCUGACUCCUGGGCGCUAGGAGCUCUUCUCUACGUUUUGCUCACCGGAACAUGGAAAUUCGAAAACAACCGAGUCAUUCGAAAUUUCAUCGCUGAAAAACAUCUUCGAAAAGAAAUGCGAUCAAUCUUCGACGAAAUCUUCCAUCCUUCCCCUGAAAAGCGACUUUCUCUCUCUGACAUGAUUUCCCUGUUUUAA